CUGAUAUCACUGAAGCUUUAUCAUCUCGAAGAAAAGAGGGAAUCCCUCAAUUUUUAAUGGGUCAUAGCAUGGGAGGUGGUCUUGUAAUAAAAUAUAUUCUUGAUGGGCCUGAAAGGCACAAUAUAGCGGGUCUUAUUAGUUCAGCUCCGUUGCUUCAAACUACACCUAAAGCUAAAUCUUUAACGGAUGAUAUUUCACUUUUUGCUCUUCCUAUCGCUAGUAAGUUAAUGCCAAAUGUAACUUGGAAUGCUGAUAUAAACACAAAGUUCAUUUCCCGUGAUCCAGUCGAAGUUAAAAAAUACGUCGAAGAUCCUUUAAUCCAUAGCAUGGGUUCUUUACGUACCCUUGGAGAUAUGAUUUCAAUUGGAAAAUUGCUCAUGGCAAAAGAAUGUAUAGAUAUAAACAUUCCAAUUUAUAUUGCACACGGCUCUGAUGAUAUGAUUACUGAUCCAAAUGCUUCUAAACUAUUGAUUGAAAAGACAAAAUCUAAAGAUAAAACAUUUCAUGAAUGGGAUGGUC